GGGAUAGGAAAUGUUACUGGAAGGUUAAAAAGCAUAUCUACUGAUGUUGUCUUGAUAUUGUGUUCACGCGUGGUACAAAUCUCGGGAGUUGAGGUAUAGGUGCAGUAUUUGCCUGCUGUGAAGGUGUUUUUGUUUGGUGAUGACCGAUAAGGAAGAGCAAGAUGACGAAUUGCUGGCAUUAUCUCACAUAUUUGACGAGUCUGUGUUCACAUCAACCCCUGCAGAGGAAGGGGAGGAAGCAGGAGGACAGUUCCUGUGGAAUCCUCAGUUGCCAGAUGACUUUCAUGUCCAACUAAACCAGUCGCAAGGGGCGGAACAAGCCGAGUUGCACAAGGUGCGUUACUUGCCACCUGUGGUGCUAAACUUCCAGCUGCCUCCUAAUUACCCCUCGACCAGACCCCCAAGCUACACCCUCUCUUCCAAGUGGCUUACCAUGCAGCAGUUGACGUCCUUGUGUCAGAAACUGGAUUCAGUUUGGGAGGAAAACAAGGGUAUGGUUAUUUUGUUCCAGUGGAUGAGCUUCCUCCAGGACGAGGCCUUCACACAUCUAGGCUUAGAGUCUCCUCUUGACCUGUCCAAUGUGCUAUCUCGGAAGCGCAGGUUAUCUGGGCGUGGCUCAGCCCCCCGGGACUCUGUGGGUAAGAAUGAGGAGGGCAGUCUUAGUACAUCAGGAAAACCUUCAGGCUCUGCCCUAACUUGGGACUCCAGAGCUAUACAAGACAUUGCCAGCCAAGACCGUCUUCUGCCAACGAUACUAGACUACGACAAGCAUGAGAAAAGAAGACAGUUUGAAAAAGAAUGCUUCUCUUGUGAAGUGUGUUUUCUGGAGAAGCUUGGUGCUCACUGUAUUAUGUUUGUGGGAUGUGGCCAUGUGUACUGUAAAGACUGUAUGAGAGACUACUUUACAGUUCAAAUUAAGGAAGGCAAUGUUAAUGGGUUGAUGUGUCCAGCAGAUAAGUGCGAGUCUCAAGCCCAUCCAUCACAGGUUCAGGGUCUAGUUGACACUGAGCUGUUCACCAAAUAUGAUGAGCUGCUACUACAGACGAGCCUGCAGACCAUGCUGGACAUUGUGUACUGUCCACGCCCCUCAUGUCAGUGCCCCGUCAUCAUUGACCGGGAAAGCAGCCUCGGAAACUGCCCCGGAUGCUGCUAUGUCUUCUGUACUCUGUGCAAACUGACCUAUCAUGGAUUGUCUCCAUGUAGGGUGAGGUCAGAUGAAUUGAGAAAAUUACGAGAGGAAUACCUGAAAGGUACUGAAGAGGAAAAGAAUUACCUGGAAAAACGUUAUGGCAAACAGACUCUCAGAAAUGCUGUAGAGGAGGCUUACUCAAACGAGUGGCUUGACCAGUUUGCCAAACAGUGCCCGCAGUGUAGUGCUCACAUACAGAAGAUAGACGGUUGUAACAAGAUGACCUGCAUGAAGUGCAGAGCUUACUUCUGCUGGAUCUGUAACCACAUUCUGUCACGAAACAACCCCUAUAGUCACUUCAACCAGCCAGGCCAGGGAUGCUUCAACCGGCUUUUUGAGGGGAUACAGACAAAUGGUGUAGAUGAUGAGGAUGACUGGAUGUGGGAGGCGCUACAGUGAUGGCUGAUGUUUUCAGUCAGACGAUGUGUGUGGAUUAAUGAUGAAGGUGAUAAUUGGGUCUGGGAGGUUCUCCAGUGAUGGCUGAUGUCAGUCAGAUGAUUUGCGUGGAUUAACGAUAAGGGCGAUGAUUGGGUGUGGGAGGUCCUCCGUUGAGGGUUGAUAUUUACAAUGUGUGUUGACUAAUGAUGAGUAAAAUAACUGGAUGUGGUAGAUGCUUACAACGUGUGUGGGCUAUUAAAGAGUCAUGAUAAAUAUGAUGAUUGGUUUUGGGUGUCAGGGUGUUGACCAAGCAUGAUUAGAAUGACUUGAUGUGGGAGGUGCUCCACUGAGCAUUGGUAUUUACAACCUGUGAUGAGGAAUAAUGAGUAAAAUAACUGGAUGUGGGAGGUACUAUGACUUUCAACUAUACUAUUGUGUCCAGUAUCUUUGGGUAAAGGAAACCAGAGUAUACCACUGACCUCAGGCAAGGUAAACUGGCAAACUGUCCCAAGUGUGACAUUUGUCAUAUUGGUGGAAGGCAAUAGGCAGACUUCAUGUCAGUCUACAUGAGAGAGUACUGUCGAUUGCUUAUUGCCAUCAAGGCCUCAGGAACAGUUGUAAGAAGGUGAAUCUUGAAGGAUUCCUGCCCGGGAUUGAACCCAGAUCUCGUGUGACCUAGCCAUUGAAAGGCAAGCACAUAAACCACUGAGCCUUUGACCUGUUACCUGAUAGUGUUGUUAGAUGUUUACUGACUGCUUUCGGUGACGUUUAGUAGUUGUUGAGGAAGUAUAUCAACACAAUGUUCCUUAUGGAUAUAGAACUUUUUGGUUUAUAAACACAACAUUUCGAUGUAGUUACUGACAUUUUUUUUACUGCAAAUGGUCGUGAUUUCCCGCGGACUCUAUACCUAUAUUUCCUCCUACCAGAAUGCUGGCCGCCGUUGUGUAAGUGGACUAUUCUUGAGUUCGGCAUCAAACCCAAAUAAAUUAAUAUCAUUGUGAUAUCGGCGUUUCGAUGUAGUUACUAACAUUGUUAUAAUGAUGUUUCAUUGUAGUUACUAACAUCAUUAUGACAUUUUGAUAUAGUUACUAACAUCUUUACAACGACAUCAAACUGUUAUAUUAAUAAACCAAGAAUUUGUAUAUUCAUAAGGAGCAAUGCUUUAGUGAUGUUUACUAUGUAUUAAAGUGCUGGUUAUUAAACAAAUGAUGGUCAUGACAAGAAGUAGAUGUGGCAUGCACUACGGAGACAUGGGCUUCUUUUAAGGAGUAUGGUAAUCUUGUUUAAACCUAGAGUCUGAUGAGUGUUGUGAUCGAUGGUGACAAACACUUCUGCAUGAGGUUUUGAAUGAGAGUCAUCAAUUCUUACAUGUACAUUUCCUGAAGCGUGACUUUUCAAUACACUUUCUUUGUCAGAGGCAGUCUUGGACUGUCUUAUACGUGUAGGUAAUUUGAACAUCAAUUUCCUUGACUGUCAACUAACUUACCUUGUAGACCCACUAAAGCUUAGCAUAAUGCAAAAGCAUAGAUACUUGGAAAGGGGGGGGGGUCGCAUAUUUGGCGUUUCAAAUAUUUAGACUGAUUUUUAUUUGUCAUCUUCAGGAUCAUAUUCCUUACAGCGCAUGCGUCGCUCACUACAUUUCGCUUUACUGCCACCAUUAGACAAGCUUGACCAUUGGAGCUUGUGAGACACGCAAGUAAGUUUGUUUAAAAUUAGUCGGAGUUUUUGCAUUAUGCUAAACUAAUGCACUCCUUUCUUUUAUAUACAGCAAAUUAGUUUUUUUGUUUGGCUCCUGUUUGGAGCAGCCUGACACUAUUCUGUUCAAGUUUUUUGUGGAGCUUUGUUUUAUUCACUGGUCUGAAUACGCAAAUGAAAACGUGCCAUGGUAAGCUGCAUUGUCUAUAUGCAUGCAAGCUGGGCUGCGUGGGUAGUUUGUAUGUUGCCUGGAAUCCGUAUUUCAAAGCCAGUAUUAAUAUUUCGUUUUGAUCAUGACUGCCUUAUAAAAUUUCUUUAAACAUUCCCACUGUGCGCGUGACUACCUAGUGAACAUGAGACAACCGUUGAAUUAAUUAAAAGAAAAGGUGAAAUUAAUUGUCACUUCCAAGACAAGUUUCUUUGUGUUUUUAUGUAUGUCCUUGUGAAAUGUUAAAUCCAAAUUGAUAAUAUCUGCUUUAGUAGAUGACUCGUGUGCGCGUGUGUUUCAUACAAGAAAUGAUAUGUAAGUAAUUGUAAGCGAUAUAUAUAUGAGUAUAUCAGAGACAGUUAACCAUAAAGUGGUCAGACCGAACUUGACAAUGUGAUAAUUGAGACACUAGUAUAGUCCAUAGAGAAUUAUAUGCAAUGAGCUGUUUCUGAUAUUGUCUCAAAUUGCUUGUAACCUCGAGAGUGUGGUUUCGAGAUCGAUUUAUUAAAGAAACUUAAAUUGUGAAA